UGAAAAGGCCGUAUUUGUAACGCACGAUGCAAGCACUGCUCCACGCGUCGACGACCGUCGUCGACGAGGACGACGAGGUCGACGACCCGCUGGUGGCCCAUCUGUACGCGACGUUUGACGACCUCCCACUCGUGCCAACGCUCGACGCCUUUGCCGGCACCGAGGACCGGUCGCUACUGGCUGUCGGCAGCGGCGCUUUGCGAACCCACUGCCGCGAUGUGUGCUUGGACUUGUAUGCCGCCGCCAUCAUCCUCUCGCUGCACUUGCUCUCGCUGGAAACCGCGCUUGUUGUCGGCCUCUCGAUCGUCUCGACGAGUGCCUACUUCCACGCGCACGUCGCUACGGACGGCCCGUCGUUCGCCGCGAAUCUCUCGUGGACCAUCGUCUCGUUCGCGGUCGUCUCGCCCAUGAUUAUGCAAAUCCGACAAGCGUUCACCCGCCGCGAGCUCGCGCUGGACCUCCUCGCCGAAGUCAAAGCGCUGAGCUGCAACGUGCUCUUGGCCCACGCCAUGUGGGACUGGGGCAAGAACGAGCGGAUGAAGCUGCCGUUGCACCAUGCUCUCGUCACCAAGCAGCUCUUGCGGACGGUGCUCGCCGACCUUCAGCGCAUCUUGACGCUGCCGACUUUUACGCGCGGUCGCCAUCAAUUUACCAGCGUUGGGAAGGACCAAGCGUCAUCGUUCUUGGAUCACUUUCACAGCCUCGCGCGCCGGGUGACGUACUCGAUCCAACUCCUCCAAGGUCAAGUCGAGGUCAUGAAGGCUGUGGGACUGCCCGCGAACGAGGCCUCGCGUAUCAACCAAUACCACUGGCUGCUCCAAGCCCGUCUCGAGAAGCUCUGCAACCUCAAGUUGUACCGGACGCCGCAAGCGACGCGGUCGUUCACGCGGCUCGUCAUCUUGCUGCUUCCCCUCUUUUACGGACCCUACUACGUGUACGUGGCGACAGCGGGGCCUACCAGCUACGGCUUUGCACUCACGCUGAGCGUCGUGACGAGCCUCCUCAUGAUUGGCAUCUUCAACGUGGAGCGAGCGCUCGAAGAUCCCUUCACAGACGAAGGCCUCGAUGGCGUCAAGGCCCAGCGCGUCUUUGCCCGCAUUCGUGACUCGCUCGAUGUUCUCUUGCCCUCAAAUGGGACCAAACACAAUCGCCACUAAUGAAUGCCACGUCACGACAAAAAUACUGUAGCACUACAGUAGUACAGCUGUAGCUCAACAAUGUUGAACGAGGUCCACGUAUUUGCUGCGA